AGCAAGCAUCAAGAGAUAGUGCAUCCUAGCUACUACUCCCAUUCGCCGCAUCUCUCAAUUUCUCAAAUCAUCCAUGGAGAUCAACUUGCUCCACGUGACGGGCCCCUCCCACGCAUCGCUCCCGGUCCCGGAUAGCUAUGCUGUCCCGCAGCUCCCACAGGCGAAGGCGACCCCAACUGACAUUACCCUGCCCCUUAUCGAUCUGUCCCGUAGCCGCGGCGAGCUUCGCCGCGCUAUCCUCGACGCCGGCAAGGAGUUUGGCUUCUUCCAGGUUAUCAACCAUGGAGUCCCGGAGCAGGUGUUACAGGACGUGGAGGCAGUGAGUGAAGAGUUCUUCCAGUUGCCGGCGGCAGACAAGGCGCAUUUCUACUCAGAUGAUACAAACAGACCCAACCGGCUCUUCUCCGGCUCCACAUACAAGACCAGCAAAAGGUUGUACUGGAUGGACUGCCUCCGCCUUGCGCGCGCCUUCCCCGGCGGCGACAGCAAGAAAGAAUGGCCUGAAAAGCCCGAGGAGCUCCGCAAUGUUUAUGAAAACUACACUGCACUGAUGAGAGGACUUGGGUUGGAGCUGCUGCACAUGCUCUGUGAGGGCCUGGGGCUCCCUUCUGACUAUUUCGACGGCGACCAGAGUGCCGGCGAUAUGAUUCUCAGUGUCAUCCGGUACCCUCCGUGCCCGACGCCUGACGUGACGCUUGGCCUGCCACCGCACUGCGACAGGAACCUCAUCACACUUGUCCUCUCCGGCUCGGUGCCUGGCCUCCAAGUUCUCUACAAAGGUGACUGGAUCAUGGUCAAGCCCAUACGCAAUUCUUUUGUCAUCAACUUUGGCCUGCAUCUUGAGGUCGUGACCAACGGGAUCAUAAAGAGCGUUGAGCACCGCGUGAUAACCAACUCGGUGCAAGCAAGGACGUCCCUGGUGAUAACCUUAAACGGCACUGAAGAUUGCCUCAUUGGACCCGCUGGUGAGCUUCUCGGUGAAAACAAGCCCCCGCGCUACCGCACCGUCACGCUCCGUGAUUUCAUGCGCAUCUACAACAAAUCCCUUGAAAACCCUGAUGCUGCUAUCAAAGAACGCAUGAAACCUUUCAUGAUAUGAUGAUUUUGUCUGUUAUAUUCCUUGUUGCCAUGUUCCCACUCAGACAUAGGCAAGGAAUACCAGCUUUAUUUAUCUUGUUGCUCUUGAUCCAUGUACUAGCAGACAAACCAUCCUCCGGUGGCCGCGUGUCUGUAUGUUCUACACUAUGAAGAACCAAAAAUGUUUAAUAAAUAAGUUCUGAAUAAAAUUUACCAUCUCA